AUGCCAGCCGCACCAAGCUCUACAUCUGUGGGAUCUGGAGGCCGAUCGCCAAGCAAGGCAACUGGUGUACCACGGUCAUCAACUGGAGGCACUGUGAGACAACGUAAAUCAACCACCACAACAACAGCAGCCAGGAAUCGCAGCACUGGAGCUGGAACCGGUGGAAUGUGGCGUUUUUACACUGAUGACUCCCCCGGCGUCAAAGUAGGUCCAGUACCCGUACUUGUCAUGUCUCUGCUAUUCAUUGCAUCUGUGUUUAUGCUACACAUUUGGGGAAAAUACACCAGGGCCUAA